CUUCUUUCGAUCACCCUGUGCACAAUUGUUGAACGUCGGGCCCCACACCGCGCGCCUUCAUCCAGUCCACUCGGCUCAAGCUGACUCCAGUCUAAAUCUGGUCUUGCUCCAGAAACGUUCAAAUGUCUCACGAAGACGACUCUUUUUUUGAGAGAGAACGUGACAGGCUCUCUCGCGAAAUCACGUCCGGCUUUGAGGAGUUGCUUUCAUCAACGAAUGUCUUGAACCGCAAACUCGAGGAAGUGUUGGGCAUGUCUAAGGAAUAUACAACCAUCGCAUCGCUGUGGCACACCUUCCAUCGCCUUAUGCAGAAUUCAGGCCAAGAUAGCCCUAGCUCUGAGGAACGACAGCCAGGACUUCCUGGUACUGGGGGUCAUAUUGUCGCAGGAACUUGACUCCGAGUAGAAAAUCGAGAGAGCCGCAGACUACAAUCCUUGUA